AUGACGGCGAAGAGGAAACAAUCAACUUCGGCUAAGGAAAGCCGAACGUCAUCAUCGUGGAUCGAAGCUCUGGAAGCCAUAACGAUAAACGAUGAGAAUUGGUGGUGCACGAUGUCAAUGAUUGUCGAAACUGUGCCAUCACAAAUCAGAUCAAUCGAAUUCUUUGAGGAGCCUGCGGAAAAUGGUUCGAGAAGAGCUAUUCAUGUACUGACACUAAAAAAGUUGAUGAACAGCGUGAAAAGUUUGUCAAAAAUUGACGAGAGCAAGUGUCCGGUUGCACAGAGAGUAUUUCAUCAAGCGAACAGGCUCAUCGCUCGAGGUGAAAAUUUAGAAUCUUGGCUCACGGCCAGACUCGUAAAGUACCUCGUUUAUCGAGCGAAAAUGGAAACGAUGCUCAGAGUCCAAAGGGAAACAGAUAUCGAGCAUGAGAUAGAUCGAAGUAUACGAGCUUUGCUACCUACCACUAAUGCAGAAUCGGAGCGUUCAAUCAAAUCAGCAAAAACAAAAGACUCCGAUCAAGCUUUUGACCUCUCGGUUAGACCCAAAUCACAUACUUAUUUACGAAAACGCGGCCAAAUACAGAAGAACAAGUUUUACGUGGACGAUUCACCGGAGAGCGGUCCUCAUUUGUUCAUUAUUCUGACGGGUUUUCGUGAUCCAAAUUUACCAUUGGAGCUCAUGAAAGCCGGUCUCCCUUUGAUCUGCGUUCUCAAGAUGAAAAAUCCGGAGGAUGAUCUUGGUACCGUCGAUAAUACCGGAAGAAAUUUACAACCGACCGAUAAAGUUGUUGAACGUAAGAAAAGCAACUUACUCGAGAAGUUAACGGAAAAGGAACUCGCUCAGUUUUGGGAAACAUUUGAAAAAUCCUUGAACCAUGAGGAAAAUAUAGAGCUUUAUUCCAGUGUCAUGAUUCGAAACUUUUGCCCACCGGAAAUACCCUCAUACGAUGACCACGGAGAAAUCGAAAAAUAUAAAAAAGACCUGUAUGAUCGGGUCUCUUAUAUUGUUUACGAUCUUUUUGAUCUUCAGACUCUCCAUGCCGAAUACCUCAGAAGCAUCAAGGUUUUGCACAUACCUGCAGAAUCACCCGGAGAUUCGAAAAUUUACAUGACUAUAAUGAACGCAGUUCCUGCUGAAUGUUCUUUUGUCAGUGUUAUAUUGCAGGCCAUGAUUUCCCAAGUUGAAGCCAAUAUUUCAAAUGAGCAUUCUUCGAACGAGAGCGUUUCGAAUAGCUACGAAAUUUCAGGAUUCCAUGAGAAAUCAUUCGUCAGUGAAGCAUCAGAAAAUAACAACGAUCCGGAUACUUCAUUGAUCGUUGAUAAUGAUCGAGGUGAUCACAAGAACAAUUGGAAGAACCACAUUCAAGAACGUAAUCUUACCACUCGACUUAUUCCAAAGGAACUUCUUUCAGCUUCGAGAGCUGUGAAUCGAAGAGUCAUCCUCGAAUGUGAUUACCUCGAGUUGAAGACUCAUCACGUUCCGCUUAAUCACGAUAUCAUUAAGCUAGUUAAGCCUGAGCCUACAUCAUUGGCUGAAUUCGCUGAAAGAAGUUAUCGAAAUCCGAGAGUUCUUGAUUUAUGGAAGAAUCAUGACACGCUUACGGAGGAUGCCAAAAAAAAACAUCAGAAUUGUAUAAAAAAGAUCGCGCAGUGCUUGAGUUUUCCAGUGAAUUCAAAGAGACUUAUUCACUACCUUCACCUUCGAUUCUUCGACAAAAUGAUUCACGAUCGGCUUAAUCCAAGUUUUAUCUGCGACGAAAAUCACGAGGGCGUGACAAGGAAAAAUAAAGGCGCUUUUCCUCUCGCGGUUCAUUCAGAGCCAUUCCCACUGGCAUCGAGAGACAUUCAAACCGAUCGAACUUUAGCAUCCGGUGGUGAUCUGAUUUCCAAUUUACUCGCAUCCAAAAGCGAUAGUAUAAUCGAUUAUCACGUGGCUCGAGGUGACGACAUCCUCGGAUUUCAAGAAAUGUCGGUCGCUCUCAAGAACAGCCAUAAAAUGCUGGCUGAUCUGGACCCUUUUACGGAAACGGGGAGUGAAAAAGUCGGAAAAACGAGAGGAGACAGUUCGUAUCUCGAGGAGUUUAUCGACGCUCGUCUACUAUCUACCAGGACUUUACUACAGGCGGUCGACCAAUGCUUCCAAAAAUAUCAAAGGUUUUACUCCGAAUACUCCGAGAUCACGGACUCGAUGCUACUGUGCUUCGGUCACGUUGACAAACCACGGAAAUCAUCUCAAGCCAAACAAAAUGAAGAAAAACGACCGUUUUUUUUUUACGACGAUCCUCAGUCUCAACAAACUUUCAAAAUAGUAACGCCUGUUUGCCUUAGAAACUUUUGCGAAUAUGUUAUUCACCAAGAGAAGGACUUUAUUCGUCAUAUUGAGAAGAUGAGAUUCGCUAGAAAAUCAAUGAGUCCUGGUGAAUUGACAAGAAAAUUGAGUCAACACAGUGACAUUGGGAUUCUCGGUGUAACGACCUUCGACGACCAUGAUUUUAUACUACCCAAUUCUUUAAAAGGGCAGACGAGACGCAAAAUCUCAAAGUCAAAAUCACUUAUCGAAAUGGACAUUCCUUUGGAAAAGAUUGAUCCUCAAACCGUUAAGAGUGAUACUGAUCAUAAGAAAAAGAAAAACAACGGCGGCGAAAGCAGCAGCAGAAAAAUUCCGUCAUUGAGAUGUGCCAAAGACGACGAAUCUUACAAAUUCAUAGGUUACGACAUCGGACCUAACGUAGUUCAUCUUACAACACGGAGUGAAACAUUCCUCUCCCCGGAUGGCACCCUGGUCAAGGUCGAUUUGGAUGAAUGGCUCCAUGGAAAAAAAAUUCUCGGAAUUGGUAUUGAUCUUCAAGAUUGUUUCCUGAAAGUUGAACGUACAAUCGGUUCUGAGGAUGAUCACAACCAGCCAUUUCACUUGACGACCAACAAUGGAAUUGUCAUGGCUUUUUCUCAGAUCUCACGAGUUGACCUGAGGAUCGUAAGAGCCGACAGUUUCGAGAAUCCUUUCUACAUUCAGCAGAGGUACGUUUCAAAAGGUUCCGAGUGCGAGAACGUGUCACGAGAGAGUUACCGCAAGUUCUUGAGGAACGGCACUGUUCUCAAGUUUCUCGGUGACAAUGAGAUCGAAGUGUUGCGUCCGAAUGGCACAAUAGUUCGAUGCUUCGGGUACGACAAGUUCUCCGGAGAGUUUGUCUCUGGAAGCAAUACGAGCGUUAGCAAAGGGAGAAAUCCACUCAUCGAAGGAAGAUGCUGCGAGAGUCAAGAUAACUCGGUACACCGUAGUCGAGGACGAUGGUCGUCGCUACGAAGUCAAGAAUGA